AUGCUAACGGCUGGUCGCCGGGUGUUCUCGGCGCUCGCCCGCCCGACCCUACGGGAUGCGACGAUUCCCGCCCUCGCCCAGUCCCCCGCCGCACUCCGCCGAUUACUCUCGGCGCUGGCCAUCCUCGAGCAGCGCGACAGCAAGCUCAACGCCGGCUCCCUGAGCGCAAUCAGCGCAGCCCAAAAGUUUGGUGGUCCAGUCCACGGGUUUGUUGCCGGCAGCAACAUCAAGCCCGUGGCUGAGGAGGCGGCCAAGGUUGAAGGCGUCGAGAAGAUCAUCGCGGUGGAAAACGGCGCAUACGACAAGGGCCUGCCCGAGAACUACGCCCUGCUGCUCGUCGAGAACAUCAAGAAAGGUGGCUACACACACGUAAUCGCAGGCCACUCAGCCUUCGGCAAGAACGUGAUGCCACGUGUGGCGGCUCUUCUUGACACGCAACAAGUCUCAGAUGUCAUCGCCAUCGAGAACGACAAGACGUUCGUCCGCCCCAUCUAUGCUGGUAACGCCAUCGCGACCGUCGAGUCCACCGACGAGGUCAAGGUGGUCACCGUCCGCGGCACUGCCUUCCCCGCCGCCCCUGUCGCGGGCGGCACCGCGGCCAUUGAAGAUGGCGUCGACCCCAAGGUGGACAGCCCGACCGAAUGGGUUUCCGAAGACUUGACCACGUCGGACAGGCCAGACCUGGCGACGGCGAGCAAGGUUGUCUCGGGUGGGCGGGGGCUGAAGUCGAAGGAGGACUUCGACAGGAUUAUGCUUCCGCUGGCCGAUUCCUUGGGGGCUGCGGUGGGCGCGUCCCGCGCGGCGGUUGACAGCGGGUAUGCGGACAACAGCCUGCAAGUGGGGCAGACGGGCAAGGUGGUCGCGCCGCAAUUGUACAUGGCUGUGGGUAUCUCCGGUGCGAUCCAGCAUCUGGCGGGCAUGAAGGAUAGCAAGGUGAUUGCGGCGAUCAACAAGGAUGCGGAUGCGCCGAUCUUCCAAGUGGCAGAUGUCGGGUUGGUCGGGGAUCUAUUUGAGAAGGUGCCCGAGUUGACGGAGAAGCUGAAUAAAGCGUAG